CAACAACACAACAACAUUCCCCAAAACAUACAUUCCAGUCACUCACUUCUCAACGUGUGGAAGAAUUUGUACGCAACAGAGGCUUACCAUCGCGGUAUACAAACCACAUUUCACUCACUCAUUAAGCUGUCCAGUCUCUUGGUGUGCUCUUGUGUUUAUUAAUUGUGUCUUGUUUGGUUUGAUUUGUUGUUAUUGAAUCCAUUGGUGUUGAUAUUUAUUACACUGGGAUUUUCUCAUUGAGUGGCAGACGGAUUCCCAUAUAGGCCGACUCUUGUUUGAGGUAGGGUACAAUAUGACUGACAUUCUGGACUAUAACAUAGACUCGCUAACACCAAGCGUCUUUGACUCAAGACAGAGUAUAAUUGCCCCACUUCCAGGCGAACAGGUUGUCACAGAGGUGGACACAACAGGGAACUACCUGGAUGUGAUCACACUGAUCUCACUAUUGACAAGCUCCAAAGCUAUCGACUACCAACUAAUAACAGAUUUUUUCCUGACAUACCGAUCCUUCAUCUCACAAGACAGUCUACUGAAGCUCUUGAUUCUACGGCUUAAAUGGUGCCUACAAUAUAUCGAUGAUGACUCUCACGAGCUGAAGCAGAAUAUCGGAAAGUUAACCCUUGUGAGGACUUUUGUUGUGAUAAGGCAUUGGCUGUUAAAUUAUUUCACAGAUGAUUUUAUUUCUUCCAAGCAGCUGAGGCUGUCGUUUAUUACCGAGAUUAACGCUCUACACCACGAAGAGUUAUUUGUGCAGCGAGUCAUUUCUAACUUGAAGAAGAACUGGAUCACCUGCUGUAAUCAGUGCUGGGAGGAAGAUGUGAGGCCCGACAACUACUACACAUUCACACUCAAAGUGGGACCUCAGCUAUUUAGCAACAAAAACCUCUCAGUAUAUGCCCUAAACAACAGGGAUGAUCCACUGACAAGAAAUUCAAUGAUGCUUUCACUGUACGAUGAAAAGACUGUGCAUAAUUUACCAAUCCCACCUCUGAAGAGUGGCAACAGACGUGGACCAAGGCUCCCACUGAAUCCAAAGAAUUCUAUUAUGCGACUUAGUAUAAUGGGCGAUACAGAAAAUGUUACAAAAUCAGCACCACCAUCUGAUAGGGAUAAGCUAUAUGUACCAUUGAAUGUUUCACCAAACACAGAGAAGACUGUACUCGAUGGUCAUACCAAAUUCCCUCAAGAUGCAUCAAUAUCUAAAGUGAUUCCACCUACUCCAGUAAAGAAGAUGGAACUACAAAUUGCAUUGCCACCACCCAAUAAACCCCAACCAACGGGACUGAGAUCGCUUAUAGAUAGUUGGAUUAAGACUUUCUCCUUUCGGGGAAAUGAUGCUUCUAAUUCUGUUGUUAAACCACAAGCAGAGAAGUUUAUGGCAUCCGUGGUGUCAGUUGCAAAGACAAACAACAAGGAUCUUGAUAAACUUGUGGAAGGGAAAUUUGAUAUCUUGAGUGCAAGAACUAUUGAUGAACUUGACUACUUAGUAAACUACUACAACAGAUUGAUGGAUGAAAGUGAUUUGAGAGGUGAUAUUAUUGAUGCCGAUUUCAGUUUCGAUACUAGCUCAACAAAGGAAAAGGUCUCAAAUAUUGACAACUUGAACAUAUACAAAACAAUUUCCAACAUUUCAAGAACAGUUUUGACUUUGCAGAAGCAUCAGAGAGAUGUGAUAUCUGAGAACUCUAUCCAAUCCAUCCAUUCUGAUGUCAUUCCUGAAGUCAAAGACAAGUUUAGCUUUGAGAGUUAUUCUAUCAAAGGUAACGAAAACGAUAGAUUUGAGUUUGAAAACGAUCAAGAGGGGACCAAAGAAAGAUUUGGACUUGAAGAACAAGAACUUUCCAUUGGAACAGUUCUUUCGGAAAGCACGCCGCAGCUGGAUGAUCAUAAUGAGGAUGUGGAACAGCACCCGAAACAUAUACUUUCAUGUGAUAUUGAGAAACAGGGCUCAGGGAACGGGUCCAUUGUGAGACCGAAAAGUGAUGGUGCUCUCAUGAUGAAGCCUAAAUCAAAUUCCACAGUACGCAAAUAUCACAGUGAUCAAAUUGAUAACAUUAUAAAGGAAUUGCUUGAAUUUGAUUUUAAUCUUGAAGAGUCAGACGAUGAGGUUGAGGAAAAGGAUUGGGCAUCAGAAGUUGAAUCUUUCGUUUCCACUUAUGAAAACAUUGAUGUUGGGGAAGAGUCUGAUCAGGCACCGGGAAGUUUAGAACAGAACAGUAGUGAAUUUGUCGACGAUGAACCUAGCACUCCACCUUCCUCUCAAGUUGGUCUAAUUUCAUCUACACCGCAAAUAUCACCUAUAAAGUCAUUACAUGAGAACCACUCCGAUUUCAAGUCAUCAUCAUCGUUUCAAUUUGAACACGCUCAAAGUAAUGAUAUGAACUUGAACCGUAUGCCAUCCUUCACGAAGAUAUCAGACUGUUCCAUAUCCUCUGUUCCUCACGACGACCAUCUGUCUUACCUUUCGAAACGCUCUGCUAGAACACAAGAAUCUACAAACUCAAUCUUCAGCUCAAAGGCGAACUUGUUAAAUGUCACUGUUAAAACCACUACUAACCCCAAUCAUGAGGAAUCACACACUUCUCCAAACAAAGAAUAUGAGCAGUUCAACCAAGUUUCAGUAGAUUUUGUUGAUUCUACUGUGGACUCUGGGGAUGUUGACGCUGUCUUUGCAAUGAAUGGAGUUGACAGUAAUGUAAUGGCUGAACUGGCUGCAAUUUCUGAUGACUCUUAUCAUGAUGAUCCCGUGAGAACGACAUUGAUGAAGUUGGAAGGUGCUUAUACCAAGAAGAAGAAUCAAUCGAGUCCUUUGUCCACCCCAAUAAAGACACAGAAAAACGAAUAUCUUGACUCUAUAACUCAGAAGAGAAGAACGAGACUCUAUUCAUUUACCCCAGUAAAGAAGAAACAGGUUGACUACACGUCCUCGAGCUCUAAGAUUCUAUUAGAUCUCUUGUUAUGUCAUAAAAUCACAAGUGAUAUCUUGCAGGUUCAAAAUGCGGAACAACAUGCCUGUUUCAUUCUUAAUUACGAUUCAAAGACUAUUGCAGAACAACUUACAUUGAUAGAGAAGGAUACUCUUUUACAAAUUGACUGGAAGGAACUGGUUGAUCUUACUUGGGAAUCUGAGAAGCUACAACCGACCAACAGUUGGUUGGCAUUGUUAGUUCAGAACGAAGACUUAGAAGGUGUUGAUUUGUGCUCAUCACGUUUCAACUUGACUGUUAAUUGGAUCAUUUCUGAGAUCUUGUUGACAAAGAACAUCUUUAUUCAGAAGCUCACCAUCCAAAGGUUUAUCCAUAUUGCACAACAUUGUAAAGCCAUACAAAACUUUUCCACUUUGAUGCAGAUCGUUCUUGCCUUAGUUUCCGCCAAGGUGAUGUCUUUGAAGGAUACAUGGAGAAUGAUUGAACCUGGUGACAUUCUGAUUUUCAAGAGCUUAGAGGCACUGUGUUCUCCGAGCAAGAAUUUCAUGAGCUUGAGGUUGAUGUUGAAUAAUAUCAAGCCAUCAUUGGGAUGUGUACCUUUCAUUGGUCUUUACUUGUCGGAUCUCUAUUUCAACAACAAAGAAAAACGCACUACCAAGGGGAACAUGAUUAAUUUCGGUAAGUUCAGGAUGACUGCAAAGAUCGUUUGUUCACUUAUCCAAUCAAUUCAUUGGUCGAUGUUGUACGAACUGAAGUGUGACGAGGAAGUUCUAAGCAAGUGCCUCUAUAUCAAGGCAUUAAGCGAGGACGAGAUGGCUGAAUGUGUCACUCAAACAGACUAGGAACAAUAUUGUUAAAUACAUAUGAUACACUCAUGUAAUGAUCGCUUUAUCUGUAGAUGUUUAUAUUGGGCAAACGACACUGAGGCUGGGGGCAA